AUGACAGAACACCUUCCAAAUAAGCAAAAAGGCCGCGAGAGGGAUCGCAUAAAGAGGACCAAAGAUGGAGUCACUCAGUUGCCGCGCAAAAAGUUCUAUCGCCAGCGAGCGCAUGCGAAUCCUUUCUCUGACCAUAUGCUAGAAUAUCCCAAAUCGCCUGAUCAUAUGGACUGGUCGCCAUACUUCCCUCACUAUGUUCAAGAAGGAACAUCAGAAGACUCUUCAAAGCCUCCUCGUCUGACAAAAGAUGUUGAGAUUGUCGAUAUUGGUUGCGGUUUCGGAGGUCUCACAGUUGCUCUGGCUCCCAAGAUGCCGGAUACUCUCACACUUGGCCUGGAGAUUCGCACACAAGUGGCAGGGUACGUUCAAGAGCGUAUAAAAGCGCUGCGAUCACAAAACUCGGACAACAUGUAUCAGAACGUUGCCUGCAUCCGAGCAAACACGAUGAAGUUCCUCCCCAACUUCUUCAGGAAGGCCCAGCUCUCCAAGAUCUUCAUCUGCUUUCCCGACCCUCACUUCAAGGCCAGAAAGCACAAGGCUAGAAUUGUAUCAACAACACUGAACUCGGAGUACGCUUAUGCGCUCCGACCCGGUGGCAUCGUGUACACCAUUACCGAUGUUGAGGAUUUGCAUUUGUGGAUGGUUCAGCAUCUCGAGGCUCACCCUGCCUUCGAGAGGAUUUCCAAGGAAGAAGAAGAGGCGGACGAGUGUGUUCAUGUCAUGUCGACUGAAACCGAAGAGAGCAAGAAGGUCACAAGGAAUAACGGACAAAAGUUUGUGGCGUUGUUCCGAAGACUUGAGGAUCCUCCGUGGUAG